AUGGUGUUAGCAGAUGUCCAUUGUAUCGGAGUUGCAAGAGACGUCAUGAAUAAAGAUUUAUUAUGGCUUCUUAGUUUAACGAUACUUCAUCUUGUUGUUGAUAAACAGCUCGCCAGAAUGCACCAGAAUGCUUCCAUGAAGAAGAACUUCUUCAGGAAAAUGUCUCAAAAUCACAAUUCAAAGAAAAUGCACAGGAAAAACAUUUUGGAAGAAGAAAAAUGUUUGAAACAUAAAAUAAAGCAAAACUUUGAUAAAUUAUUGUGCAAAACGUCGCUCACUCGUUUCUCUUUCUCUCACUUUAUAGUUGAUGUCUAUACUGUCCAAUCAUGGCGAUACUUGUUGAGAGAUGUUCAUCCAGAACUGUUCAUGAGCAACGUCGCAGGUUCGAAGUUCAGCAGGAAGAGAAAACAUUUAACAAUUAAUCAUGUGACUCAACUUCCGAAUCAACUCCUAAAUGCUUCAAGUCAUCACAAACAUUUACAUUUCUUGACGAAUUAA